AUGGACAAUCUCAUUAGUAGCGUGCCAAAGGGAACAAAGGAGACCUUUUGGGUUCUAAUCUCCUCAUCGACCGUCUUUAUCUUCCUUCGUUUCUACUACAAACAACGCCGUGGCCGGGGCUUACACCGCGAUGAUCUGGUGCUCUUCGCUGCCUGGCUUCCCUUGGUCGCCAACGGAAUUAUAAUAACCGUGAUCCUUGACCUAUUGAACUCGGCACAGACAACACCACCAAGCGUCGACACGUUGAAUUCCAUGGUGCUACUGGGCAUGUUCUCGACUACGCUGUCACUCAUGAGCCAGGCCUGGAGCAAGAGCUCAUUCGCCAUAACGCUCCUCUACGUUUCGGAUGGUUGGAUGGCGUACUUCCUCUGGUUCGCCAUCAUCAGUAUCAACAGCCUAGUUGGUACGGCAGCGCUACUCUUUUGGAUCGGGUGCACUCCACUGGAGAAGUCCUGGCGCCCUUUGGUUGAGGGUACCUGUUGGGACGUGAGGAUUAAUAUCGUAUUUAACAUCAUCGUUAGCGCCUACUCUGGUGUCAUGGACCUACUGUUCGCCGCCAUGUCCUGGAAGAUCAUCCUGCCUCUAAACUUGGAGAUUAAGGAGAAGAUGGGCUGUGUAAUCGCGAUGAGCAUGGGCAUCUUUGCUGGCGCCGCUGCGUUUAUCAAGUGCUCGAAGUUUCCCUCGAUUGAUCCCGAGAACAUGGGCGACACAAUGCAACUGGCAAUAUGGAGUGUUGUCGAGCCAGCCGUGACCAUCAUUGCCGCUUCCAUCCCUGCACUGAGACUUUUAGUUCGAUCGUUCGCAGCGAAGAAGCAGCCAGCUGCCAAGGAUGCCGAGGAGAAGUUCGCUUCAGAUCCGUCACACACCUUUCAUUCCCGCCGGCUACGGCGUGGGACCCAAACCUAA